UUGUGUUGAAUGUGAGGCUAUGGAACCCCCUUUAUCCACUACCGUAUCGUAUGAAAUGCCUAUAAUGACAGGGACGACAACCGAAUCCAUUCAUUCGACAAAUACUCCAACUGCCGAAGCUAAUGAAGAAGCGAAUACUGCGGAUCCAACGAGCUACGAUGAAAAUCAAUUUCCAGAAAAUUCAACUGAAUGGCACAGCUCUGUUACAGCCCCAACUACUGACAAACCAGAUCCCAUAUCCAACUUAUUAGAGAAGUUCAGUCGGGAUAAUUUCAUCUACCAAGAGUGCGGUCAACGAAACCCGAACGGUGUUGUAGAGCACACGAUCAACCAAGACGUCCGUGCUGAAUAUGGGGAAAUUCCAUGGAUGGUCGCAUUAUUAGAGUUACCUGAUUAUCGCUACUGCUGUAAUGGUGCCCUCAUCAAUAAAACCGCCAUCCUGACAACAGCUCACUGCAUAACAAUCUGUGGAGGAAAUGUGUCGCAGAUAGUGGUGCGAGUUGGUGAAUGGGACAUGAGCUCUACCGUUGAACUGAUACUUCCACGGCAGGACAUUGGCGUUAAAAAAAUAUAUGUGCAUGAUGACUACAAGAAGUCCUCACUGAUCAAUAACAUUGCGUUGCUGGUACUGAACGCAUCGGUAGAAUACCAAGCCACUGUACAGCCAGUUUGUUUGCCAGAGGCGCAGUACGAGUUAAAGAGCCAUGAGAACAUGAUCGCUACUGGAUGGGGUGCGAUGGUUGAAGCGAAUGCUACGUCAAAACAAAUAUUGAAAGUACUUCAUCUAAACCGCGUGGAAAUGAGUAUCUGCAAGAGGGAACUGAAGACGGAAGUAAACCGGGAUUUUGAACUGCACGAGAGCUUCGUAUGUGCUAAUAUAAAUCAUAAGGAUAAGGAAAGACCGUGUAAAGGAGACGCUGGUGCUCCAGUUGUGGUCGAGAUUCCUCGUAUGGUAAAUCGCUACUACCUGCACGGCUUGGUAUCGUGGGGUUACGGAUGCAAUCAGAACCGAACAACGUACACCGUACUAACGCAUGUGGGCCAUUUUCGGAAUUGGAUAGACGGUAUUCUUCAACCCAAGGCAAAAAAGAACAGUAAAAAAUCGAAUGGGAAACUCAAGGGGAAUAAUAGAGGAUAUUGCGUGAAAAGUGAAAAUUGCAGUGUUCCUACGUACCGAUUGCGCUCGAACAGAUGUCCAACUUACGAGGAAAUUUGCUGUCCCAAGAGUACUUUCCCGGGAGCCCCAACUACUGACAAACCAGAUCCCAUAUCCAACUUAUUAGAGGAGUUCAGUCGGGAUAAUUUCAUCUACCAAGAGUGCGGUCAACGAAACCCGUACGGUGUUGUAGAGCACACGAUUAACCAAGACGUCCGUGCUGAAUAUGGGGAAAUUCCAUGGAUGGUCGCAUUAUUAGAGUUACCUGAUUAUCGCUACUGCUGUAAUGGUGCCCUCAUCGAUAAAAACGCCAUCCUGACAACAGCUCACUGCAUAACAAUCUUUGGAGGAAAUGUGUCGCAGAUAGUUGUGCGAGUUGGUGAAUGGGACAUGAGCUCUACCGUUGAACUGAUACUUCCACGGCAGGACAUUGGCGUUAAAAAAAUAUAUGUGCAUGAUGACUACAAGAAGUCCUCACUGAUCAAUAACAUUGCGUUGCUGGUACUGAACGCAUCGGUAGAAUACCAAGCCACUGUACAGCCAGUUUGUUUGCCAGAGGCGCAGUACGAGUUAAAGAGCCAUGAGAACAUGAUCGCUACUGGAUGGGGUGCGAUGGUUGAAGCGAAUGCUACGUCAAAACAAAUAUUGAAAGUACUUCAUCUAAACCGCGUGGAAAUGAGUAUCUGCAAGAGGGAACUGAAGACGGAAGUAAACCGGGAUUUUGAACUGCACGAGAGCUUCGUAUGUGCUAAUAUAAAUCAUAAGGAUAAGGAAAGACCGUGUAAAGGAGACGCUGGUGCUCCAGUUGUGGUCGAGAUUCCUCGUAUGGUAAAUCGCUACUACCUGCACGGCUUGGUAUCGUGGGGUUACGGAUGCAAUCAGAACCGAACAACGUACACCGUACUAACGCAUGUGGGCCAUUUUCGGAAUUGGAUAGACGGUAUUCUUCAACCCAAGGCAAAAAAGAACAGUAAAAAAUCGAAUGGGAAACUCAAGGGGACGACCGGGAACACGAGCUGUGGCGAAAAGCAAAUCUGCGUUUUCCACGAUAAGUGUAAAGAUGAUAAAAUUAUAACCGACGGUGCAAACAUAAUACAGGGAAGGAUUGGCGGAUGUAUCCAGCACGGCUAUGUUUGCUGCGGUCUGCCGGAAUAUGAGCCCGACAGUGAUGAGCAACCGGAUGAUCCGGACUGGAGCCCUCAGUGUGGUCAGCGUACCAACGUUUCCGAACGGACCGACCAGGAGAGCGGAACGAAUCGGUUCGAGUUUCCGUGGAGUGUGACUCUGUUUGGCGAAGUAAAGUUUGGUGGCAGGCGUAAAAAACAGUUCCUUUGCGGCGGCAUUUUGAUAGAUGAUUACACCGUGGUAACGGCGGCCCGAUGCGUUCAUCAGAAGAAUCGAACAGUUCUAAGGGUCGAGCUGGGCAGAUGGGAUUUGAACGAUGAACGCGAGUCCCGCACACAGGAAGUGGCCGUGGAGGACGUUAUUGUUCACGAGGAGUAUGUGUCAUCCAGUCACGUCAACAAUAUAGCGCUGCUCAUACUAGAAGGCGGAGUAAACAUUGGACGAGCGGUGAAUCGCGUGUGUCUGGACGUAUCACGGCAUGAUCCGCCGUACCGUACCAUGACAAUGGAUGACUACUCACUGUGCUACGUGGUAGGCUGGAGUCAUAUUCCAUCAGACAACAAACACAACCGGCCGCUUAAGCUCAGCUCAACGUUUGCUAGUGCGCAGGAAUGCAUGGAGUCCGUGCGACGUGCGACCCGUUCCUUGGAGUUUCUGUUGCCAAAGGAAAAUUUCUGCCCAUCAUACCUAGACAAUACCGUGCCCUGUGAACGAGCGCCUGGAUCCGGGCUGGUUUGUGAGUCUAAUCUCGGCGGAAGGGAUCAAUUCUUUUUGGCGGGCAUCGCAUCGUAUUCCGUGCGAAACUGCAACCAAUACCAGGUGCACGACGUAUUUUUGAAAAUACUCGACUACGUCGAUUGGAUCGAUUAUCACGUUGCGAAACAGAACCGGCAGCCGAGUUACUAUAAACCCAAUCCGAGCGUCGAAUAA